CGCCACCCGCGCGUUUCCGGCCUGAGAAAAACGUCGCGUUUCGGAGGAGACGCCUCGUCUGGCAGUUACCACCGCGUUAGAAGCCUCCCGACCGGCCGCCUGCAUCACCAGCGUCACCAUGGGGGCUGUGCUGGGCGUCUUCUCCCUCGCCAGCUGGGUUCCCUGCCUUUGCAGCGGUGCAUCAUGUCUGCUGUGUAGCUGCUGCCCCAAUAGUAAGAAUUCCACAGUGACGCGCCUCAUCUAUGCUUUCAUUCUCUUCCUGGGCGCUGCUGUAUCCUGUAUCAUGCUGACAGAAGGGAUGGAAUCACAGCUGAAGAAGAUACCUGGAUUCUGUGAAGGGGGAUUUAAAAUCAAUGUGGCUGAUAGAAAAGUGGAUAAAGAUUGUGAUGUUCUGGUUGGUUAUAAAGCUGUGUAUCGGAUCAAUUUUGCCUUGGCCAUCUUUUUCUUUGUCUUCUCUCUGCUCAUGUUAAAAGUAAAAACAAGUAAAGAUCCCAGAGCAGCUGUACACAAUGGGUUUUGGUUCUUCAAAAUUGCUGCCAUUGUUGGUAUCAUGGUUGGCUCUUUCUACAUCCCUGGGGGCCAUUUCACCACAGCUUGGUUCAUCGUGGGCAUGGCCGGGGCCUUUUUGUUCAUCCUCAUCCAGCUAGUUCUGCUGGUCGACUUCGCUCACUCUUGCAAUGAGUCAUGGGUAAAUCGAAUGGAAGAAGGAAAUCCAAGGUGCUGGUAUGCUGCUUUGCUGUCUGUCACCAGCAUCUGCUACAUUCUGUCCGUCGUCUUUGCCGGCUUACUCUACACUUACUACACCAGACCGGAUGGCUGCGCAGAGAACAAGUUCUUCAUCAGUAUUAAUUUGAUCCUUUGCUUUGUGGUUUCUAUUAUAUCGAUCCAUCCAAAAAUUCAGGAACACAGGCCUCAGUCUGGUCUCCUGCAGUCCUCUGUCAUCACCCUCUACACCAUGUACCUUACCUGGUCAGCCAUGACCAAUGAACCCGAUCGUUCCUGCAACCCUGGCCUGUGGAGCAUCGUCACGCGCAUGACUGCGCCAACCUUGGCUCCUGGGAAUUCAACUGCUGUGGUCCCUACCCCUGCUCCACCCGCAAAGAGUGGGCAUUUUGUAGAUGCAGAGACGUUCAUUGGGCUGACAGGCUUUGUUCUCUGCCUUUUGUAUUCUAGCAUCCGUACUUCCAACAACAGCCAAGUAAGCAAGCUGACUUUGUCAGGAAGUGACAGCGUGAUCCUCCGUGAUACAGCUGUCAGUGGCGGCAGCGAUGAAGAAGACGGACAGCCUCGGCGGGUUGUGGACAACGAGAAGGAAGGAGUGCAGUACAGCUACUUCUUAUUCCACUUCAUGCUCUGCCUGGCUUCCUUGUACAUCAUGAUGACCCUGACCAGCUGGUACAGCCCUGAUGCCGAGUUCCAGAGCAUGACCAGCAAGUGGCCAGCUGUGUGGGUCAAGAUCAGCUCCAGCUGGGUCUGCCUCCUCCUCUAUGUCUGGACCCUUGUGGCUCCACUCGUCCUCACCAAUCGUGACUUCAGCUGAACCUCUGAGAAUUCAUAAAGAUAAGUCAUCUGGUGUUUCAUCACCAGGAAUGGGCCUGUCUGUCCCUCAGGAUUGCAGAUUGACAGCCUGGCUUUGAGGUUAGUGAUACGGUCUAGGAAUUCAUCAGAGGCAACAGCAGUGGCUGCUACGUUUACCUGGUUGGAGCCAGCUGGGAGAAGGCUUGUAGGCCCAUGUGGCCCCUGCCAGAUGUUUACUCUCUAGACUGGUCUUGUAAAGUACUUGGUUGGGAAAUAAAAGCUUCUCUUAUCCAUCAAGGAUCCUGCCAAAGAAUGGCCGUGGACCUGUUUAUCGCUGCUAUUGAUGUUCUGGACAAAGCUGUACACCAGCACGUGUUUUUGUCCAUUACAAGUCCUUUUCCUUUUUAUGCAUCCAAGUGAGAGUGUUGUUACGUGAGUCAUGGUUCAAGCUCUACAAAUUGAUGAUGGGCACCAGGCUUAUCAAUGAGAGCUGCUGCUCCUUUCUUUUAUCCUUUCUUGUUGUUCUGUCCAUCCGGUUACCUAGGAGCCCAAAUCAGGCAGCCUUCCCAGUGGCGUCCUAAUCACUGCUGAGUGACCUGAGCUGCACGCGACCUCCUCAGGUGAAGAAUAGCAACAUGAGACAGUGCGUGUGCCCAGCUGUGCCUAGACGCUGUCCACGCCCCAGAAGGUGGGGCAGCUUCUCCCCCUUUGACAGAUCAGACUAAAGCUUAGAGGAGUCAGGAACUUGCCUGUAGUUACUUAGUAAGAGGCAAAACAGAGAAAUAAACCAGGCCUUGAGAGUUCCUUUUUCAGUUAGACUCCAUUGUCUCUUGGCAUAAGGUUAUAGGCACGAGCUGUCAGACUACCCCUCAGCAACGAGGGAGGAUAAGCAAUCCCCCUGAAGGCAGUAACGACUAGGUCACUUUAUCUAAUGGCUGGCACCUUAUUAGGUAAGAGGUGGAAUAUUUGGUUAAAACGGUGUGUUUCCAGAAAAGUGGCAACCGUAAAGGAUUUUCUUCCUCACCAUCUUCGAAUGCAGUGGCAGGACACAUGUGCUGCAUCAGGUACAGGCGUGCUGGCCCAGUGCCGUGUGAGGAGAGGGCAUUGAGGAAAACAGGUGUUUCAGAAAACAGACCAGAGAGCGUGGACUCAUAACAUGGGAAAUACCUCCCACGGCUUGUAAACAAAAGCAUUUGCUGAUCCUUGUGACUCUGCUGCGCUGGUCGGAGCCAGUAGUCCGUUUUCCCAGAUGUGGAAAUGGACUGAGUUUAGGGCUGCAGCUUCCUCGGGAAGGCUGAGCUGAAGAGCUGGAGUGUCGCAGUGUAAGGACUUACCUGCCACAUCGUCAGAGGUCAGCGGUAAGUGUAUGGACGUCCUGCAUGAGACCUUCUCAGCUGACCCACCACCAACACGCCAGACCCACCAUGGCGCCUAGCUUGUGCCUCCUAUGGGAAGACCACACGCUCCUGUACAGAAACCAGCAGGGAGCAGGUAGAGGAACAGCUAAGCAUGUGUGGGACCGGAGCGGAUCAAGCCAGACCCAGUCAUCCCCCCGGGAGUCUGGUUUCCUUGUAAGUGUUUCCAGAAUAAAAUGUUCUCAGAGGUUAAGAACCUCUGCUUUAUAUUUUAUACGAAGCUAGGAAACGAUCUAAUUUUUAGACUGUUGCCCUAUAAAAAAAAAAAAAAUUCUUCCCUUCUUUCUUUCUGUGGUCUGUUGGAGGGUGAAUGACAGUUAAAGGCAAACAGCCUGGCUCUAACCAUCAGGAGAAGUCGGGCUAGAGUCUGACUGACCACUUGGCUUUGGAGCCCAGCUCUGCACGUGACCUUGGGCGAGCUGCUGAGCUUCUCCAGAUCUCAUUUCCCCUGCAGGGGGUAGUAAUGCCAUUUAAGAUGAAACGAGGUUCUCUACAUGAAGCACCUAACAUAACGGACGCCUAGCCCUUAAACGCCCCUGGGAGUUGUUCACUGUGAAGGCUUCUAGACCAGUCUAGAAGGGACAGCUGGGCCUUAAGAACUGAAAAAUGUGCCUGUCAUCUCUACCACUGUGUAGAGCUGUCAGACUACCCCUUUGCUGUUGCUGUUCUUUGUAUACGCUGGCAUCUUCUAAUGGUGUGUGGUCCUCAGAGGCGGCCAGCCCAGGCGACAGGUGCACGGUGUUGCCGCAGGGCCUCUCCCUGCCUGACCUGGAGUGACGCUCUACCCGGGCCUUCAUGUACCGUGAAUAAUAAAACUUCAGAACCUUGAUCCAAACUGUCAUUGUCACAAAAGGACUCCACACAUAACCUUACAGGGAUUUUUAUUAAGACCCAGUCAUGCAUACUAAAAUUACAUGUUUUCACCACUUUGACUUAGAAAAUGCACUAGAAAAAUAAACUUUUGGUCAAACACUGAAGUUAGAUGAAUCCACCACCACGUGUCUGUAUACUCAGAGCUAAACUGAGUUUCAGUCUGAAGCGAGGAAUGUGACCAGUGGCUGAAAUGGUGCCCCAGUCUGCUGAGAAAGUGAGCUCGACUCCCGCCCCACCCCCUGCCCCGUCAGAGUGGGAUCAGAGGCUCCUGGCCCCCAGUGGCUUCAGGCAUUUCCUCCCCGUACCAGGUUACCACGUGAUGUGCCAAGAGAUGGAGGCACAGCCACAAUCCCCGACAGCGGCUGACCUGCCCAACUAAGUGAGCCGCCCAGCGAGGCCUCAGGAGAAGUCGAGAAAUGGCAAACAGUUCAUCAACAGCAUCUCCUUCCGUGAGUCUCACGGGGCCUCCCUGUGGCACAAGCUGUUAAGGAAUCUCUGACUGACGAUUCCUGUCACUUGGCAUUUCGAGCAAACCAAUUCUGAGUCGGGAAAGCAGAAAGGAAUUUACUUUAGAUUUACAAAGUUAAUAGGCCCCAAUACUGACAGACAUCACCGGAUGGACUACCCUCCCGAACAGUUGAGAUGCUUCUGUUUGGUGUCUCCACAGAGCCCCAGAACAGCCACACUUGCACCGUGACCUCUGCUAACACUUCACUGCCUCGA